GAUGGUGGGUUGGCUUUCCUGCCCUGAACCCGGGAAAACGCGCGUGGUUUGUUAGGAGGGGACGGGUCCUGCCUCCUCUGUUGUCCUUUGUAGCCCAGGCCUGGUCAAUCAUGGCAUCAUCGAAGAGGGCUGCCAGUGAGGGAAAGUAUUGCAGAGACUGGGAGGAAGAGGAGGAUUUGAAGGUCUGGCUUUGCCCUGUGGCAGGAGACAAUGGCAAAGCAGCCUGCAGGUUCUGCAAGGGUACGAUGCCUGCUGGCUACUCUGACCUUCGGCUGCACAUGGCCACGGCUGAGCAUCAGAAGCAUUUGCCUCCAGGCUGUUCUGUGCCUUCGGCUGAGGAUGGGCUUGGUGACCUGAAGCAUUCUGGUACUGGAGCCACCAUGCCUAGGAGGACAGAGGCAUUGUUCCCAUUGGCCAGUUCACCAAAGGCAAAAGAGGAAGAAAUGGAUGAGGUGUUGGUGAGGAACAGGAACGGAAAUUCAGCAGAGGCAUUUCAGUUCAGCGGUGAGCCUACCUUGGAAGACAUCCGAAGACUCCAGUCUGGUUUCACAGCCGAGCGUGGCUGGGGGAAGUACCACCAACCUCGGAAUCUGCUGCUUGCCCUCGUUGGGGAGGUUGGGGAGUUGGCGGAGCUCUUCCAGUGGCGGGAAGAAGCCCCUGAAGGCCUCCCGGGCUGGACGGCACCUGAGCGUGAAGCCCUCUCUGAUGAGCUCAGCGAUGUCCUCAUCUACCUGGUGGCUCUGGCGGACAAGUGCCGCGUGGACCUUCCCUCGGCCGCCCUCCGCAAGAUAGGGAAGAACCGCCUCAAAUACCCGGCUGAGCGAGUUUACGGGUCGUCCAAGAAAUACACCGAAUAUGAGAAGCAACAGGGCGAUGCUGCUGCUUCCGGAGCAGCAAGGGGAGAAAACUUUUGUGUGGCUUUGGGAGGCUCCCGUCCUCUGGACACAAGCUGCGGGAACUCAAAUGGCGCUGGGGCUUCAGGGCUCAGGCAGGGCAGCGCCUCAAAACAGGCCUCUACUUCGUCGUAGUCUUUUGUGAGAGGAGUCUAGAAAGCGCUAAUGCAAAGGGAGCAAUGUGGGGAGGGAAGGGUGCUGCCAUUAUUUCCUCCCUCUCCUUUUAUGUUUUUGAAGGUUUAGACUAUGCUCACUCCAGUGAGGAAAGGAGCCCUAUCUGACAGGGGAAUUGAAAGUGACUAGUCUGUGGGGGAAGGCCCUUCACUCUACGCAGGCAUUAUGACUUUACCUCAGAUGUGAAACUGACAAGGGCCUUCUACACACUUGGCCUCCUGACUAGGGCCCAGUUAGAUGCCUCCAUCUUAGAUUUUGUUUUUUAAGAAAAGAAGCUGUGGGAAGCUGCCUGUUUGAACUGACUAAUGGGAGGUUAGGGCUGCUUUGCAUCUGAAUUUUUCCUCAAGCUUUUUCCCCACUAUCCACUGGUGUGUGUGGAAGAGAUGCAUUUCCCCCAUGGGUGUAAGAGCAGCUUGAGAAGCCCCUUUAAGCAGGGAAAUGGUUGGAGCGGGGACCCUCGCCAGGGUCCUUCCUCUGCUCAAACUGGCAGUCUCCUGUGGCUGUUUUCAUUUUAAUACGUACAUGGCCUUCAGCUCCUGAGAGACUAUAUCUUUUUCAGGCUGCGUCGUCGUAUGUCCAAUCAACAACCAUAUUGGCUUUCUUGGUUACAGCAUUACAUUGAGAGCUUAAGAGUUACAAUUUUUCUAUUCUGAAAAAAAUGACUUAUUUUAGUAUUGUCUCCUUGAGGCCUCAUCCGCUGCCCAGUUUUUCAGCUAUCCAUGUGACCUCAUGACCCUCAUUUCAAAUAAUAGUGCAGCACUUUUGUUGCUGAGUACUUCUGUCUGUCACAGUUAAAUUUCUCUGGAGAAAUAAUCCUGAAUAAAUAGAUCAAGUGGAAGUGAAAAUAGGAAUCCGUAGAGGAGCAUCUGUUUGAUGACAGGCUUCUUUGGAGAUACAUAUUUUGUGCAUGAUAGUUUGUGGGAAAGUAGAUGCAUACAAAUGAUUUGGAGAUCUGUUACGAAGCCAGUCUUCAGCCGUGUAAAAUACAUUUUAUUUCCAUUGA